AUGUACCAGGUACGGCCAGCGAAGUUGGAGUCCUCUUCCAAACUUGUAGCUGCUAGUAGGUACCUCUCGGCACCUACCUCCGUUUUUUCCUCUUUCCCCUCCCACCACGUCUCAAUUUCUCGUCCUCUGGUCUUCUUCUUCACCAUCAAUCUCGCCAUCUUCUCCAUCUCCUCCUUUGUGCUUCCGCUGCCAAAUCCCGCCUCUCCCUCGAUCGUCCUCGGCACUGCAGCCCUCACAUCCAACUACCGUGCAACCACCCACCAUCACCUGAGUCCGUGUCUGCGACUGUGCUGGGGGAUCCCUGGUCCACCACCUCAACUCGCUGCGGGGCUCACACUGUGUCCGUCACACACCACCAACCUACCUAGGCGCCCCGUCAACUCUUCACCUUCAACAAACUUGUAA